AUGGGAAUUGAGAAAUUCACAGCAUCCGGACUGAUAAUUGAAGAUUAUGGAUAUCUUAACGUCUAUAAAUACGAGAAAUGGAGCGAUAAAGUAUUGCCCGCAUAUCAAGAAAAUGAAGUUCUUACCGAUUGCCAAGUAGGAAUGGCCGAAGGUCAGACUCGGCCACCACCACUCCUUAAUGAAGCCGAUUUGAUUGCUCUAAUGGAUAAGCAUGGUAUUGGCACUGAUGCUACGCAUGCCGAUCAUAUUGAAACAAUCAAAACACGUCACUAUGCAACACUGAACGGUGAGGGACGAUUCAUUCCGGGCUAUAUUGGAUUAGCACUGGUUGAUGGUUACGAUCAAAUGGGUUUUGCAAUGAGCAAACCACAUAUGCGUGCCAACCUUGAAUCACAGCUUAAAAAGAUUUGCCGCGGAGAAAGGUACAUAUUAUUUCUUUUCCUCUUUAUUUCUGCAGCAAUUUUUAUUUUUCUAAAUUUACGACUUUUUUUGAUAUUUGUCGUGUUAGUGUAUACUUUUUUUACCACAGGUUCUCCUUAG